AAGGAAACUAGAAACCAAACCAUCAACUCUGACUUCCUGUUCCUGGGCUUCUCUGAACACCCACAGCAAAAGCCUCUCCUAUUCGGGAUCUUCCUGAGCAUGUACCUGGUCACUCUGCUGGGGAAUCUGCUCAUCAUCCUGGCCAUUGGCUCUGACCACCACCUCCACACACCCAUGUACUUCUUCCUGGCCAACCUGUCCUUCAUUGACACCUGCUUCACCUGCACCAUUGUCCCCAAGGUGCUGACCAACAUCCACACACAGAAUCACACCAUCUCACACACAGGGUGCCUUCUGCAGAUGUACUUCUUCAUGGCAUUGGCCCUGCUGGAUGACUUCCUGCUGGCUGUGAUGGCCUAUGAUCGCUAUGUGGCCAUCUGCCUUCCUCUACACUACGCCACAAUCAUGGGUCCCCAACGAUGCCUGCUGCUGGUAGCCACAUCCUGGCUCUGCUCCAACAUCCUGGCCUUUUCCCUCACACUCCAGAUGGCGCGAGUCUCCUUCUGUGCAUCCCAUUCCAUCCCACACUUUUUCUGUGAUCUUCUCCCACUCCUCAAGCUCGCCUGCUCAGACACCCGUACCUUUCAGCUCAUGAUGUUUGCCGAAGCUGCCCUCUCAGGUGUGGUCCCUCUCACCUGCGUUCUGGUCUCUUAUGGCCACAUCAUGCACACCAUCCUCAGGAUCCCCUCUGCUGGGGGGAAGCACAAAGUCUUCUCCACCUGUGGCUCUCAUCUGACAGUCAUUGGAGUGGCUGUCUCUGUGGUAUACACUAUGGUCACCCCCAUGCUAAAUCCUUUCAUCUACAGCCUGAGGAACAGGGACAUGAAGGGAGCUUUGUGGAGCCUCCUCUGUUCAAACUCCUUUUCUCCUAAAUUGUAUUUUAAUUAG